AAAAAACUCAUUUAAGCGGCAUCAAAACCCGUGUCGAGUGACGUAAAAAUUAAAAGAAUGAGUCUCGUUCCCGAGGACUGAGGCGGGACAAGUGAAGUAAAGACAAGAAAGUGGCAGGGGUAUUUGUUUUCUUGCUCUUUUAUAGCCCACACACUAUAUACUACGCUAAGCUAGAUUCCUCCCACUCUUCUCUCUCUCUUCUCCUUUCAUAUUUAUCUUUCUUUCUUUCUUUCUUUCAUGGAACCAAAUCUCCGGUUACUCGGCGGCGGGGAUGCCGGGCUUGAACUUGGGUUGGGCCUGAACAUUGGGAGCCGGCCCAGUUGCUAUCUCCCCGAGGCUAAAUCCCCAGGCCCAAGUUGUUGCAGGGGAAAACCCGCAAAAAUUGAUGGCGCUGUUUCGGGUACUCAAAGAGCUCCAGAUUGUGUCACCAGGAUCGGCACUAAGACAAGGGGCAUGGGUCAGGUUGUAGGAUGGCCACCCAUAAGGUCAUAUAGGAUGAACAGCUUGGUGAACCAUGGGAAAACUCCCAAUGGGGAAGACAAUAAGAAUAAUGAGAAAAGUGAGGAAAACUCAUCAAACAAACUGGGCAAGGGAAAGAAGGGUGAUAAUGGUGGGUUUAGUGUGAAAGAAAAUGGAAAUCUUGGGUUUGUGAAGGUCAAUAUGGAUGGAAUCCCAAUUGGGAGAAAAGUGGAUCUCACUGCUCACACUUCCUACCAAAGUUUGGCCGAAGCGUUGGUCGCAAUGUUCAAGUCCGCAACAAGUGUUAUGAGUUCUUUCUGUGGGGAAAAGGAGCAAAUGGAGAUGACACCAUCAAAGCUUUUAGAUGGAUCUUCCGAGUUCGCCUUAACAUACGAGGAUAAAGAAGGCGAUUGGCUACUCGUGGGUGAUGUCCCGUGGGGGAUGUUUGUUGGCGCUGCGAAAAGGCUAAGAAUCUUGAGGACUUCUGAGGCUAAAGGACUUGCGCCGACAAAGAUCCAGGAAACACAUGAAAGACGCAAUGGAAGUCGUAUCUAAGCUUCGUCUGUGUGUAUCUUGCAAAGAACACAGAAAAUUUUAAGAAGCUAUGCAGUUUGCUCAAAAUUAGCAUUUCUCAUUUUGUGGUUGUCUUUCUUUUCUUUUAAAAUGGUCCAUGCCCAUGUACCAAUUCAAUAAUACCUCUGUAAGUCUAGUGUUACCCUCAUAUUUUUGUUUCACCAUUAGAAAAUGUGAAAUGCUAUGAAACUUUCUUCUAUUGUAAGUAUAAGCGACAACACAGUUAGACG